AUGCCAUCUCGCAGUCCUAGCAGCACUAGGAAAAGUAGUUGCGUCGCCUGUAGCCCUGCAGUGAACCAAAGCGCAGCUGGUGUCAAUAGCAGUGAUGGCAGCAAGGUGGCGUGUGGUGUUGGCGCGGAGAAAGACGUGGAUGUCUGCUGGAGUAAAAGCCAGCAUGCUCACGCACCAGCAGCUGUGGGGGAGGGUCCUCGGCUUCCUUCCUCGCCGAGGGUAGGGCUUCAGGAGAAAGAGGCGGGGCUCGUGUGGAGAGGCGGACCUUUGCCUAGCAGCCGCCCCGCCUCCCCCGCUGCAUACUUGCCGCUCAGCCGUUCGCUCGCUGCCUCUAGCGCAAGUGGACACAGGUUUUUCCUGACCCGUCGUACACUUGGGCUUAAACACAUUAAUUGUCCUCUGUUUCGUCUUGCAGAUGUUCAGAGGUGGGGAGACUUUGAGGGUGCGCACUCCUCCCUGGAGAAGAGGUCUGUGGUUGAGGACUUGCAAACUGGCUCUUAUCUGGAUUACAGGAGGUCUCUGGUGAUUGGUCAGUUUGCAAAGGAAACUGUAAUUGAGGAUUAUUCUUCAGCCUUCUCUUCAGAGCACAGCUGUGAAAAGAGAACCAAUCUCAGCACAGCAAAGGUGUUUGCUCAUGAGCGGGAGACCUCUGCCUUCACCAGGCAACACUCCAAAUCACUGGAGCGUCAAUCCCUAACAAAUCUCUCCCCUACCCCUGACCUUCUGAAUUUCAAAAAAGGAUGGAUGACCAGGCUGGGAGAAGAUGGGAAGUGGAGGAAGCACUGGUUUGUUCUUGCUGACCAGUGUUUACGGUUCUACCGGGAUGCUGUUGCUGAAGAGGCUGCUGAUCUUGAUGGUGAAAUCGACCUGUCCAGCUGUUAUGAGAUCACAGACUUUCCUGUGCAGAAAAACUAUGCUUUUCAGAUUCAUACUGAAGAAGGAGAUUUUGUGCUCUGCGCAAUGACUUAUGGGAUACGCCGGAACUGGAUUCAAGCAGUUGUGAACAAUGUUUGCCCAGCUGUUACUCCUGACGUCACACGCUCUGUUGCUCAGAAGGGGAGUUCUGGUGCUGGGCAUAAAAGCCCCUCCCCUCUAGACAACAGCCAACCAGAGAAGGGCAGCCGCAUCACCCAAAUGCGCAAAGACGGCCGUUACAACACUUUUGAUUGGGCAGAGUUCAGUCACAGGCAGCAAAAAAGGGAGGAGUGCAGUAGACGGGCGGGGAAAGGAUUGGCGUGUUUCCAUAGAGAGACGGUCCGUUCUGUGCCGUCGUCACCUGAAGAGCCUAUUGGAAGCUUGAUCAGGCGGGACCAAUCAGAAACAACCUGCAUUCAGAAAGAAGAUCGUUUACGGGCUCGCAACACGACACGGCCUGCAAACACGCCCAACAGCACCUCGCUGUCCACGGCAACGUCCAGUUAUGCUGCCUCGCGCCCAAGUGGGGAGGAGACUGGCUGUGUGGAUGCUCGGACCGAGUGGGAGGAGGAGCUUCAAACCGUUUGCAGGGAUCUGAAGGCGGAACUAGAUAGAAGUGGGAGGGAGUUCAGAGACUUCAAGGCCCGCCUCCAGGCUGAACUGUGCGACAGUCAGGACCGCCUCCGUGAGACAGAGGUGAGACUACGUGAGUCGGAGGCGUGCUUGCAGGAACGGGAGGGCCUGCUCGCAGGAGUGCAGCGUCACUUGGAGGAGGUGACGGGAUGUCUGAGGGCCACGGAGGAGGCACAGGUUUUGAAAGACAUCCGCCUGCAGAGACAGUUGCGCCUCCUACAGGAGAGUCAGGAACAGGAGAGGAGGAGUCUCGGUGACAGCUUGGACCAAUCAGACCGGCGUGUCCAGGAGCUGGAGGAGCGGCUCCGGCAGAGGGAAGCAGAGCUGCAGAGUGCGUUGGUGAGAACGGAGGAACUGCAGAGGAGGUGCCAGGAGCUGCAGGCCCAGCUGGAGGAGUGUGAUGGGGAACUGGGCCAACUGCAGGCGCGACUUCGCGGUGAGGAGGCGCUGUACUACAAUCUGGAGCACAACUAUGAGCGGGUGCAUGAGGAGCUGGAGUCCGUGCGCGGUGCCCUGUGCGACUGUGAGAGGGUCUGUGAAGACCGCUAUGGUGCUCAGCUGGACAGGAAGGAACAGGAACUGCAGGAGAUGACGCUCAGAAUGGCUACCUUGGGCCUCACUCUGCAGGAGACUGAGCUCAAGCUCGAGCAAGCCCAGCACCAGCUCCAGGAGGACCUCGUCACUCAGGACGCACCGGCAGAGCCGCAAAGCAUGCUGGGAAGCCCAGACAUUGGGCAGACGACCACGACCCAUGCGCUGGCCAAUUCUGGAAGACGAAAGGGCACUCGGGAUGACGAUUCCCAGCGUGCGAUGCGAGCACUGGAGAGCAAACUGUGCGACACGGAGGAGAAGCUGUGGGAGAUGACGCUGCAGCACCAGGAGCUCGGAGAUGAGGAGGCACGUGUGCUCCGGACUCCCGCCACACCCCUGAGCGGCCAUCUCCCAGGACGAGGUCUGGAGAAGCUGCACUGCCGAGCUUUCUGUGGGCUUCAGGGGGUCCCCUUGGAGAGCACUCCUAAAGAGAGGGCUACCAACGCAGACGUGGUGAUGAGCUCUGGGCUCCUGGAUCAUGACUGUGAGGAUCCAGACAGGAGGGGGGGGUCAGGGAUGGCUGCCAGCACACUGGCACUGGUUAUCCAGAGGAUGGCGUCUGCACUGGAGCAUCCCAGCAGAGAGCUACAAGACAAACUGUCAGAGCUGCAGCAUGAGGCCCACAACCUCAGGGAGGCUUGCUGUGGAACUCGUGAAGUGAGGACUCGAGAGAGGCUCGCUCAGAUCUUCGCUUUCUGUCGGGAGUUGGACAAGAUCAACGGCACACUGGGUGACUCUGAGAUCUGUAGCCUGUGUGUGACAGCCGAGCUGGCCUACCUCAUACACGUGCUCUACACGCGUAGCUCGGAGGCUUCACCAGUCACACUCUGUAGUGAAACGUACUCAAACUCCAAGCCCAGGCGAGCGCCCGCCAGCCCGUCUGACCUGGCCUCGCCUGGCCAGCGGCACUCCAUGGGCACAGGGCACGCUGGGCUCCAGGGCGGAAACAGGGAGCGCCUGGUGGCUGAGUUGAACUCUCAGGCCCGGACGCUUCAGGCCCUGUCCGUCCAGCUGCAGCCUGCUGUGCUUCCUCCUCCCAUGCUGCGGGUGGCGCUGAUCCAGGCUAUGCUGGUGUAUGUGGUGAACCGCACACGCAUGGCUGUGCAGCAAGAGUGCAGUGCUGAGUGCUGCCGAGCGGUGGCACUGUUUCACCAGCAGGCCCGGUGCUAUGAGCAGAAACAGCGGGAGAGUCAGCAGGCUGCGGACAGGGCCAAGGCCAACGCCCAAGCGAGGGGGCAGGAAGUGCGGAGACUGGAGGCGGAGCUUGACGACAAGCUCUGUGGACUUCAGCAAAUCCACGAGGAGGAGAUGGGUCGACUUCAUGGGUAUUACAGCCGGAGCUGUUCCGGGGAGACGGCAUCCACAGGCCGGGACACGUGUGUAGUAGCUUAUCAAGACGGGAUCCAGCAGCUGGAGGACCAGCUUGGACGGAUGGAGAAGGACCUUCUCAGCAGUGAGGAUGCCUCCCUCAGACAGACCUACGAACAGGAACUCGAGACCCUGAAGGCUACGUGUGAGCAGGGCUUUAGGACCAUGGAGCAGAGCCAUCAGAGGGUAAUUGAGGAGCUGGAGCGUCGGCACCAGAUGGAGGUGGAACGCCUGAAGGAAGAGCGGGAGAGAGCACUGCAGGAGGAGGCCGAGGCCACCAUCACCGCCAUUGAGGCCAUACACAAGGCUCAUAAAAAGGAACUGGAGAGAAGUCAGAAGAGUGAAGCGAACGCUGACCUCAGCAAGCUAGGGCAGCAGUGCACUGAGGAGGUGGAGUCUCUGCACAGGGAGCUGGAGGUUUUGUCUCGGCAGUAUUCUCAGAAGUGUCUGGAAAACGCCCACCUGAAACGAUCCAUGGAGAUGGAGAGACAAGCCCUGAUCUCCUGCAGGAGAGAGAACCAGGACCUCCACACACACAAUCAGGAGCUGAGUAAGCGCGUGUUAUCUGAGCUCACCCUCAUGCAGUCUUCUGUGACUGGAGGAAUGGACCUCACACCUCUAUCUCAGAACAAAGAUGUGUAUCAGCUGCAGGUGACGCUGCGGGUGAAGGAAUCAGAGAUUCGGUGUCUGAAGCAGGAAAUCCUGUCACUGAAAGAGGAGUUGCAGGCUACACACAGACAUUCUAAAGAGGUUUUGGGAUCCAGGUAUCCUAGCGACAGUGAAGGCCACGGCUACACCCCUGAACUGAAGUCCAGAAGUAACCCUGACCUUGUGAAGCACCAGGUCAGGAGGCUGCGUUUGGACCGGUCCAAGGUUGGAGCAGUGCUGCUUCUGAGAGCUGAGGUAAUCUACAGCCACAAUCUGUCCGUGUUCACCGGUGAGUUCUUUACGUCCGUGUGCGAGACUCGACACAAGCGUGACUGCUGACCUGCUGUCACCCCCGAAGCAGCCAAGGCUGCCUCAACACUUCAUCUCCAUAACAAGAGUCCCUGAGGUCCAGGACCAGGAUGUGGUGGUCCCGCGUGUCAAGCCACACAAUGAGCUGCACGGUGUACUUGCACAUGGGAUUCUGGCUUAGGAGUUGCAGCAUUGUAGCCUCAUCUCAACGUGCAGUGAUGAAAGUACUGGGCUGGUAAUCAGAAGGUUCCUGGUUCAAGUCCCACCACUGCCAAGUUGCCAAUUUUGGGCCCCUGAGCAAGACCCUCAACCCUCAAUUACUCAAGUUAUGCUCAGUUAGAAUGAAGUUGCUUUGGACAAAAGUCUUAGAGAAAAGCUGUAAAUGCCAGAAGCUCCUGGUUUAGACUGAGGGUUUGUGUUAUUACCAGCAGGGCUCUGGUGAAGAUCCCAAAGUAAAACAAAAUCCAGGUUGUGAAGGUGUGCUUGCCUGUUUUGAAGUGCUCAGUAGUGUUUCACUUCGAGUGGGAUUCCCCCCUGCCCCCCAAAUCAAUAAAUAAAAUAUCAUUGGAGCAACACAGUCCAUCAAAUAAAAAGAACACGUUUUUCUUGACCCAUGGAGUCAAAUAUAAAAAGCUUGUAAAUGGUAAAAAUAAUGUGAAUGUAAGAUUUUUAUAUAGAGAUAGCUAUAUUUGCUUGAUUACUAUAUGUCCCCUUUGGCAGUUCAUGAGUUUUUGCAUAGGGGUGGUAAAAGGCAUGCGGAACUCUACCACGAGUAAACUGGUAGCAGCCACGAAGUCGUUAGUUUUUUUUGUAUGAAUAAUUUUUAAUAUUUAAUUUUUCGAUCUUGUAAAUAAACCAAC